AUGAUAAGCACUAUUAGCGGUGGCCCUACCAUCGCAGGAAUGAGCAACUAUUCAAUGAAACAAUAUGUGCGUGCCGCAAAAUUUCCUCGGGUACUCGGCAUAGAGGUGAAUCGGCAUCAUGAAACGCCAAAAGUGCAUUGGGAACCAAUCACAUUUUGCGAAGAGGAGGAAGAGGGCAUCCUCUAUCCCCACGACGACCCGAUGAUCAUUCGAGCAGAAAUUGCCGACUACGAUGUAGGACGGGUACUGAUCGAUACUGGCAGCUCCGUGAGCGUGAUAUUUGCCGAAGCUUUCCGAGAAAAGGGAAUAAACGACAGUCAGGUCAACCGGCAAUUGACCCCUCCGUUAAGUUUCUCUGGGGAUCUAGUCCAACCAGUCGGAAGUGUAAAACUGCCAAUUACCUUUGGUACCGCACCGAGAAAAACAACGGUAUACGAUCAUUUCCUGAUUGUUGACUGCCCGACAGCGUACAACGUUAUAGUUGGACGAACGGCACUCACCAGGAUCAAGGCCCAUCUUUCCCCCCACAUGCUAUUGAUGAAGUUCCCGACCCCCAACGGCACUGGGGCUGUCCGAGGAAAUCAGCUAAGCGCGCGGACUUGCUACGCCACGGCCCUGAAGUCAACCUCUUUCAAACUCCCCGACGAGACAAUGUCUGUCCAAGGGGUACUGAACGGUACAGGACCAGUUGACGACCCAAGAGAUGAGUCCCCGACUCCACACACACAACCCGUCGAAGAACUGGAGACGAUAACCUUGAGCGAGGAGCAGCCCGAUCGUCAGGUUAGAAUCGGCACUAGACUCGCUCCUACCCUCCGAACGCAAUUCAUAAAUUUCUUGCGGAACCAUUCGGAGGUAUUCACAUGGUCCUACGAAGACAUGCCCGGCAUCGCCCCAGAGGUCAUCAGCCAUAAACUCAGCGUCUCUCCAUCUUAUAAGCCUGUGAGGCAGAAGCGCCGUUCGUACGAUACCGAGCGAUAUGAAGCCAUGCGUAAGGAGGUUGACAAACUUCAAACCAUCAGCUUCAUCAGGGAGGCUACGUAUCCGGUAUGGCUGGCAAAUUCGAUGAUGGUCCGGAAGGCUAUUGGCGGGUGGCGAAUGUGCCAAGACUAUACCGAUCUGAACAAGGCCUGCCCGAAUGACAGCUUUCCGUAG